GCUCCCGCGGACCACCCACCUCCCGCUCCGCGCUCCGCCGCCGCCGCCGCCGCGCACCAUGCUCCCCGCGGGCCGCGCCGCCUCCCGGCCGCGGCUGCUCGGCCUCUCCCUUGUGCUGCUGCUGCUGCUGCUGCCCGCGCCGUCCAGCGCCUCUGAGAACCCCAAGGUGAAGCAAAAAGCGCUGAUCCGGCAGAGGGAGGUGGUAGACCUGUAUAAUGGAAUGUGCCUACAAGGACCCGCAGGCGUUCCGGGUAGGGAUGGGAGCCCUGGGGCCAACGGCAUUCCUGGCACACCUGGGAUCCCUGGUCGGGAUGGAUUCAAAGGAGAGAAGGGGGAGUGCUUACGGGAAAGCUUCGAGGAGUCCUGGACCCCAAACUACAAGCAGUGCUCGUGGAGCUCACUCAACUAUGGCAUAGAUCUUGGGAAAAUUGCGGAGUGCACAUUCACCAAGAUGCGCUCCAACAGUGCUCUGCGAGUUCUGUUCAGUGGCUCCCUUCGGCUGAAAUGCAGAAACGCAUGCUGUCAGCGCUGGUACUUUACAUUUAACGGAGCUGAAUGCUCAGGGCCUCUUCCCAUUGAAGCCAUCAUCUAUCUGGACCAAGGAAGCCCUGAAUUAAAUUCAACUAUUAAUAUCCAUCGUACUUCCUCUGUGGAAGGACUCUGCGAAGGGAUUGGCGCUGGACUGGUAGAUGUGGCCAUCUGGGUGGGCACUUGUUCCGACUACCCCAAAGGAGACGCUUCUACUGGAUGGAACUCCGUGUCUCGCAUCAUAAUUGAAGAACUACCAAAAUAAAGCCUCUGAGGUUUUCACGCCCUACCUCCUUUAUUCUAAGAAUCAAGCCUUUGAAUGGUUCAUUUAAACGACAGUUAAAAUGUCACUUUAUGUACCUAGCUGAACGAAAAAGCGCAGUUAAAUAUGUUUACAGACCAAAGUGUGAUCUCACACUUUAAAAUCUAGAAAUAUCCAUUUUAUUUCAACAAAAGGUGAUUUCAGGAUUUUUUUCUUCAUUGAUUACUUUUUUCAUGUUUCUUUUCUUUGAAUCUAUAUAUUGGAAUGUCGUUAUGGUCCUUAGUAUUUCCAGUCAUCAACAUUUUAACGCAUACAAAAGUUAUGUUUUUG